CCGGGACGCUACUUUCAGUCUCGAGGCUGAGGCGUGGAGAUGGCGUUUCGCAGCAAGAGGCCGGAGCACGGCGGGCCCCCGGAGCUGUUUUAUGACAAGAAUGAAGCCCGGAAAUACGUGCGCAACUCACGGAUGAUUGAUGUCCAGACCAAAAUGGCUGGGCGAGCUUUGGAGCUCCUUUGUCUGCCGGAGGGUCAGCCCUGUUACCUCUUGGAUAUUGGCUGUGGUUCUGGGCUGAGUGGAGAUUAUCUCUCGGAUGAAGGGCACUACUGGGUAGGCAUCGACAUCAGCCCUGCCAUGCUGGAUGCGGCCUUGGACCGAGACACUGAGGGAGACCUGCUUCUGGGGGACAUGGGCCAGGGCAUCCCCUUCAAACCAGGUUCAUUUGAUGGAUGUAUCAGCAUUUCUGCUAUUCAGUGGCUCUGUAAUGCAAACAAGAAGUCGGACAUCCCUGCCAAGCGCCUGUACUGCUUCUUCUCCUCUCUGUACUCUGUGCUGGUCCGUGGAGCCCGGGCCGUCCUGCAGCUGUACCCUGAGAACUCAGAGCAGCUGGAGCUCAUCACGACCCAGGCCACCAAGGCUGGCUUCACCGGUGGCGUGGUGGUGGACUUCCCCAACAGCGCCAAGGCCAAGAAGUUCUACCUCUGCUUGUUUUCUGGGCCUUCAACCUUUCUGCCAAAGGCCCUGAAUGAGAGCAAUGACGAAGAGGAGACCAGGGAGUCCGAGUUCACGAGUGAGAGGAUCCCGUACAGGAUGGCCAGGCGCGGCUUGGUGAGGAAGAGCCGCCAGUGGGUGCUGGAGAAGAAGGCGCGCCGCAGGCGGCAGGGCAGGGAGGUCAGACCGGACACCCCAUACACCGGGCGCAGGCGCAAGCCCCGCUUCUGAGCGGCGAGCAGGGCGUGUUGGGACGGCCCGGCUGUGCCCCGUUGUCGCACGCCUUGUCGCACGCCGGGACGUCUCUCUGUUGAAGUGCCUACUUCGUCAGCUGAUAAGAUACUGUUACAGGAAAGUUCUCAAGUUCUAACCAUUGUUGUUCACUAACAAAAGUUCUUGUUCUAAAAGCAAUAAACCACUUUCCGUGGAA